CUCACUAAUAAUUGAUUGCGCGACGUGUUUAUUCUUUAGUAAGAGCAUUGUUAUCUAUAUAACCAGCUGGCGACGUAUAAGGAAUUGUGAAAGAGAAAUCAUGAACAAUUUAGAUUCAUUACCAUUCAACUAUCUUGAUAACCCGGAAGUCAUAUAUCCACGAUUGAUUGAGAAAAUCCCGUUUCUGACGCAGCCAGAACUGGUACUGUACGACGCUCCAAUUACUCUUGCUAUCGCUCGAGUGGGAGAAUGGUGUCUAAAGAACGAUGAUUACUCAAACGCUCUCUUGGAGGCAUUGACAAAAAAGAUUAUAUCAACCCCAGUGUGCUGUUUGCAUACUGCUCUUUUACGGGAAUUGCUUAGAAGAAACGACGUGAGUCGUGGUCAACUCGUUCUCCAAUGGACUACUAUUCUUGAAAGUCUUCCUGCAGAUACAUUGCUAAACUUUUGCCGCUUUGGUGCUUAUAUUUCCCUAAAGACAAGAGAUUACCAGAGGGCUAGAGAAUGGUACUUGUCGGCUAUAAGCAUUCCAAAUGUUAGCGUAUCUGAUGAAUACAAAGAAUGUCUGGCAAGCUUCAUACUUUUACAAGUUGCACUCUCUGGACACCCCUUCAAAUUUGAAGCUGUCGCUUGUAAUUUGACAUCAUCACUGAAGAAACAUUUAAUGCCUUAUACGCAGUUUGUUGAAGCCUUUUCUAAGGGUGCAGAGCACUUGAAAAAGGUGUGCACACAGUUUUGGAGACAGUUUGAGAUGGAUGAAAUGAUACCGUUCAUACUGUUCGCACUUGAACAGUAUCCAAGACAUUUAGUACGGUCUUUAAAAAAAAUGUACAAAUCGAUAUCUCUUUUGAAAGUUGCAGACAAAUUGGCAUUACCUCCCUUGCUGGCAUUGCGCGUUUUGCAGCAAGGAAACGAUGAUAUUGAAUUUCAACGAGAUGAAAAUAACGGUCAGUCGUUCAUUGUUUUCCGUGAUGCAGCGAGAAAAGAUUGUUCAUUGGAACGUGCGACCUUAGAGCAACAAAUCCAAGAAAUGUCGCAUUAUCUUUCUCAAACAGAAAGCCUCAAUAAGGUACCUCGUCAUGAUGUUCCUAUGCAACGUGCAAACUCAGAAGAAGUUGCGUGAGUCCCUAGUACGCAUUAGGGCAAAGUAAUUGUUUUUUUUUAAUAAGCAUCUUCCGAAUUCAUUAAUUAUCAGUAUGUUCGGAUUCUGUGUUCAUGGGGGCUGCUACCACCUCAGUUGUUUGACCUUCUUCGGACACUGAAGCUGGCGACCGGUGAGCUUUUACCGAAGACUCACUUUCUUUGGCGUUCCCUUCAUCUGCAGCACUUUCAAUGUCCCGUGUCUUGGUUGAAGAUUCAUCAUAUCUAGGCCUCUCCUUUAUCUCUUCUCCGUUGGCGCCGGUGGUGGGAGGUGAUGCUUCCAUUCGUCGACCUGGCCAAGAAUCUCUGUUUCCAGAAGCAGCAGGUCCUCUUGGUCGUUGCUGAAAACGAUCCCCACGGUCGAAUCUGUCUCUCAAACGAGCCCAUUCGACAUGUAAGAUGUCAUCAUUUAGCCGCGUGCGAUGCAUUCGAGAAUGCGCGGCCUCUGCGUCCCUUCGUUCCUCAAAUUCUACAAACGCAUAUCUAUAAUUGUUAGAUAAUUUAUUUUCGAACUGUACACAAUUUACGUGUUGACAUACCGGCGAGUUGCGGGUGUUCUAAAUACGGGAAUAUCGCAGCGCACAAUUCGACCAAAUCUCGUUCGUGUUAGCCGGGUUGAAUAUUAGGGUAGUCGCGCAAGUUUUCAAAUUCGCAAAGGUAUCGUACUUUUCAAAUUCUUGUCCAAGGGCCUCCGCUGUCAUUGACUCAGAAAACCCUCGGACAUGCAAUGUGAAACCAGGUCGAUAAUUGAAGCGGAGAGGACCCAUAGUAACAAAAAACUAAACGGUAGACAGCUUGGAAAGUUAAUAGCGUAGUUUAUAAGCUGUAUGCUUUUAAAAAGUUGUUUAAUUUCCACACCCGCUUAAUUUCACGUAGUGGAGGUUACCAUCAGCGCGUAUUUUGUCGCCUGCACACGCAAUUAAGCAACACAGACAUCAGGAGUUUGGUCGCGCGAGUUAGACACUUUA